AUGCACACGUUUUCCACAUUACCCGUCGAACUUGUUUAUCGAAUUAUGGAUCAUCAAGAUGAGCUGACGCUAUUUUGUUCAAUGCAAAAUAUUUCCCGGCGGCUCAAUCAGAUUCUGAGCACCUAUGAGCGAUAUCGAACACUCACCACACUAAGCCUCCGCGGUAACGAAAUCAAUGCUGAAGGCGCACAACACAUUGCGGAUGCCUUGCGAACGAAUACGACACUCACCACACUAGUUCUCGGCUAUAACAGCAUCGGUGACGAAGGAGCACAACACAUUGCGGAUGCCUUGCGAACGAACACGACACUCACCACAUUAAGUUUCCGCUACAGCGGAAUCGGUGAUGAAGGAGCACAACACAUAGCGGAUGCCUUGCGAACGAACACGACACUCACCGGACUCGAUCUCGGCGUUAACAAAAUCGAUGCUGAAGGAGUUCAACACAUCGCGGAUGCAUUGCGAACGAACACGACACUCACCGAACUAGAUCUCGGCGGUAACAAAAUCGAUGCUGAUGGGGCGCAACAUCUUGCGGAUGCGUUGCGAACGAACACGACACUCACCGAACUAGCUCUCGGCUAUAACAAAAUCGAUGCUGAAGGAGUACAACACAUCGGGGAUGCAUUGCGAACGAACACGACACUCACCACACUAUAUCUCCGCGGUAACGAAAUCGGUGCUGAAGGAGUAAAACACAUCGGGGAUGCAUUGCGAACGAACACGACACUCACCACACUAGAUCUCGGCAGUAACGAAAUCGGUGAUGAAGGAGCACAACACAUAGCGGAUGCGUUGCGAAAGAACACGACACUCAGCGAACUAGAUCUCGGCGUUAAUAAAAUCGAUGCUGAAGGAGUUCAACACAUCGCGGAUGCAUUGCGAACGAACACGACACUCACCACACUAUAUCUCCGCGGUAACGAAAUCGGUGCUGAAGGAGCACAACACAUCGGGGAUGCCUUGCGAACGAACACGACACUCACCGGACUCGAUCUCGGCGUUAACAAAAUCGAUGCUGAAGGGGCGCAACAUCUUGCGGAUGCGUUGCGGAGGAAUGCACGUCAAUGUGGUGUAGAUCUUGCGCUGAAUGGAAUGGGAGAACAAGUGAUAGUGAGUUGUGUUGCGAGAAGUGGAUGUGACCUGAAUGAAAAUGCUUUUUGUUGUGGGAAAAUAUAUGUGGAAUAG